AUGGCCAACACUGGAAAGUUCCACAGGAAAAGAUGCUUUCGAGACUUCGCCGACGAUGUUAUUCUCCAAAGCCCUAUGCAUUUGACGGGGCGACCAUAUAAGUUUCUUCGCCUCACGGAAGACUCUGCACCCUAUUCACAGGCCACACCUGGGUGGAAAAAGGUCAGACCUGCUUCGAACUGGCUUUGGCUUUUUCCUGAGAUUCACCCGCUGGUCAGUGAAAGAAAAUACGAUAAAAACUGCCGAGCUCGGGGAGGAGAGCAAUUAUUCAAGCUCGUACCGCAGAUACAUCCGCAGUACAUAGCCCCUGCCAAGAACGGUAGCAGGCCGGUCGGACAUUCACCAGGCGCUUCUUCGCCUGAUCAUUCAAAAUCGCAGAAUGACCAUCUAUUACACGGAGCGAUCUCCCAGUCUCCCACCCAGCGACGAUAUUCGGACUCGAGACAUGCAGACGAUUCUGUACCGUUCCACCCGGUCCGGUGGUGGCCAGAUGCUAUAAAGGAGAACUUCUAUGAGGAAAGUGGCUUGCUACUGAUUGGUAAUGGCUUCGAUAGUUGUGCAGGCAUCGUGCCGACGUGCGAGAUGUUCCAUGCCAUCGUACAAGCUGGGUCGGCCCGUCGUCGUGAUUUCGAUGCAUUGUGCGCGUGGCGUAACCGCGAGCUUGAUACCAUUGAGGUGGAGUAUGCCAAGAUACUGGACGACGACAAAAAGUGUGGAGAGGAGGCGAAAGAGCUAGACAGGUUGACUUCAAACAACUACGGUGAGUAUGACGAAGACACCUUCGAGUGGGCCAUGAAGCGUCGCUCGGAAGUCAUCCUACGUACCCGAACAAACGAUGCGCAGAAAAUAGGCGUUCUGCCUGGCAUCGAUGACGCCGACAAGAAUCCGCGGGUCCAAAUUGUGAGCGCAAAAGGACCCGCGGACGGUUCUAGCUUGAAUUGGUCUGAGGAUAAUUGGAACGAUGAGAUACCCGGGGAGUGGAAACCCGCGCCAAUCAUGGACAAAGGUAGUGAAAUAUUUGGACCUCUGGAACAAGAAGAACCAGAGAGUACCUGGAAUAACGCAUGGCAGGACUAUCCUCGCAAUGACCACCUGCUGGCCUUGAAGGAUGCACUCUACAAAACGGCGGAAGAGGCAACACGCGUUGAGCUGGAGUUCAACAAUGGUCGUGAGCAAUAUGACCGGGAAUUGAGGACUUUCAUGUUUCACCAGAGAGGGAAACGUGAAAAUGCAAGUGUGAGGUCGCUUCAGUUAGAAGAAGAAUUUGGUCCGAUAUGGCUAGAAAAAUGCCGCAAGAUUUUUGCAAAGAUGCAGGAAGCUGACAGAGGCUAUGCGCAGGCGGAUUGCGAUCUUUCGGAUGCAAAUCGGCAUGAUCGCGAGGUUCGAAGGAGGGAGUCGAAACCAGAGCUGGCCCCUCCGGCUCAGACAAAGGCAAUUGCGACGUGGAGUUUUGGAGAGAGGAUGUCCUCUCGUAAGCGGCGCUGGAUCGACGGGUGGCUUGAAGAUGUGUAUAUGGAACCGCGUGACGAGGAUCGCCAAAAAUCUGGAGAAGAAUCGGCUCAGCCCAUUGCGGUUCCUAUGGAUGAGGCGAGCAGAUCAUUGCGCUCCGAGGAUGUUCCGAUGGCCACAGGUCACCAACGUCGGAGAAUCGACAGAUAUGUACUUCGAAGCCAGGAUUUGCGUCAAGACACGUCAAAUAGUGCUUUACAACAGCUAAAUCUUGAUUGGGCACGGAAGGUUGGUGAAUGGAUGUGAGUACAGAUUCACUGGUCAUACUGGCGGCGAUCGGUAGACUACCAUACGUAGAUGCGUUGAAAAAAAUGCUUAAAGUGAGCAGUAAGGAGGCGAAGAGGAAGAUUAGUAGUGUAGAAUCAGGAGCAUUGAGUGCAUUCUUCCUACAAUGGAACGCGGAAAUGACGAUGACGUAAUGAUGAAAUCCGAGACCCUGAAUCCCUUCUUGGUGCGUUUCGACUCCAGCACCGACCGACCCUUCCCCAAGACUUCGUGCAUCAGCGACUGCGGCCUGUAACCAUGACUGCUUUCAGAUCUUUUUAUCAAACCGGUUGUCGAUAGCAC